AUGCCUGCGCUCACACCUGCAAUUCUUCACAACGGACGGCGCAGGACCAAGCUGGAUGGCAAAUACAACGGUCCUGCGCGUCAAGGUCCCGUCAGGCAUAUCAGUCCAGCCCAGCUAAAUCUUGAACGUAUCUACGAGCAGAAUCGAUCUACCGCGCAAAAGAACAAUGCGGCUUCAGCGCCAGCCCCCGCGCCCGGUCCUGCUGCGAAGGGAAAACCGAGGCUGCUAUUGAUGGGCCAGAGAAGGAGUGGCAAAUCUUCCAUCUCAAGCGUGGUCUUCCACAAGAUGCCACCCAACGAAACCCUAUUUCUCGAGUCGACGGCUCGUAUCCAGAAAGACUCCAUGCACUCCUUCAUGGACUUCCAGGUUUGGGACUUCCCCGGCCAGGUCGACUUCCUCGACGACUCGUUCGAUGUCGAUGCUAUCUUCGGCGAGAUCGGUGCCCUGAUCUGGGUCAUCGACGCGCAAGACGACUACCUCGAAGCCAUCACGCGCCUGAACGCCACCAUCCUCAGCCUGCAACCGCAUUACCCAAACGUCAACAUCGAAGUCUUCAUUCACAAAGUUGAUGGCCUCUCCGAAGACUACAAACUGGAUAUCCAACGAGACAUCACCAUGAGAAUCCAGGACGAGUUGUCUGAUCGCGGGGUGGAAAACGCGCCGAUCAACUUCCACCUCACGAGUAUCUACAACCACUCCAUCUUCGAAGCCUUCUCGAAGGUCAUCCAAAAACUCAUCCCGCACUUGCCCACCCUGGAAGCGCUCCUCAACAACCUCUGCCGCGCCUCCGGCUUCGAGAAGGCCUACCUCUUCGACGUCCUGAGCAAGAUCUACAUCGCCACCGACUCCUCCCCCAUGGACAUGCCCUCCUACGAGAUCUGCUCUGACUACAUCGAUGUUAUCGUCGACAUUUCUGAGAUUUACGGGUGGGACCGGCCGGCGCCCUACAUCUCCGCACUCGAGGGCGAGCCAUGGAAUAAGAAGCUGGAGGACCAGGUCGCGUGCAAGGAAGCCGAGAGCACGAUCGUGCUGACGGAUGGGAAGAGGCCGGUGCUGCUGAGGGAAGUGAACAAGUACCUGGCGCUGGUAGCCGUCAUGAAGGAGGGGACCUGGGGACGGAUGCCGGUUGUGGUAGAGAACGUGAGCACGACGGUGGAGGGGCUGCUGAGGGCCUUUGAAAUUACGCGGCAGAGGAAGUAA